UAGCUUUGAUUUUAAUUUAUUUUGAAGGGAAAACCUGUCAUUUUGCUGGCACGAUGGCUCUCUCAGGUAGGCCUGGUGACGUAAUCACAAGGUGACACCCACCACCUCUCCUCCACAGAGAGACAAGCUAAGUUGAGCCGUUUCACUUCACUCAAGGCAGCGGUGGAGAUUUUAUUUUUCUCUCCGCUGGGAGGUAACUACUUUUAUGGCUGUUCUUUAAUAAGUCACACGGGGUGAAGACUUCCUCGUUUGGUGGACCUUUUCCGUCCAGGCGGAGAGAAGGUGAGCUAUUAAGAGCGGCUGCCAGGAUGUCGUCCCGAGGCCCAAAUGACUUGUGUUUAGUUUGCGGAGGAGUUCUUCAGGGUAACCAAAGGCGUUGGCUGUUUGGGGUCCAGCACAGGAAGUCUAGUCAGCCUCAAACCCCCACAAGGUCACUGAGAGAAACAACCUUGUCACAGUCUUCUCCAAAUAGUCCUUGGGGAAGCAUGAUCUCCCUGGGCUCGUCGUCUUCCUUGUCCAAGUCCCUGCUAUCGCUCAACUCUCCGUCCAAGUCGUUGGACCUUCUGUCAGUUCUCACGCACAUCCUCGGUAAGCCGCUGUGCCGUGGCACCGGACGUGGGGAGUUCGUGUGCGGCAAGUGCACCGGCGUCCUGGAGCGUGUCUUUCGGUUCGACACAGUCAUCGCCAGGGUGAGGGCUCUAUCUUCGGAGAGGCUCAACAAGCUGACUCAGGAGAGAGACAAUGUCCGGCGUUGGGUGCGAAGCAACUACGUCCACAGACACCCUCGGGAGCAGGAUGAGGAAGCGGGCGGCGAUGAGGACAAGGACGACUAUCGGGACUUGCUGAAGGAAAACAUGGCUCUGGCUGAGUACGAGUGCUGGUCAGACAAGUGGGACACGUGUCCUUACUUUAUACGCACAGGUAAAAGGUGCCGAAAGGGUCAAAACUGCGAAGGCUGCGACGCUUUGCGCGUGUCCGACUCGGAUUACGAGUCGGUGUGCGGAGUUCCUCGUCGAAUGCCGUACCAGGCUCUCUCUCCUCUGCCUCUCUCUCGGGACAAAUCCCAGAGCAUGCCGCUCCACUGGCAGAGAAUCUCGUCCACCUGUUCCAGUCCCUCCUCGCUGGCAGGAUCCACCUUCUCCCUUAGGACCCAAUCCGUCCAGUCCCUAGACUCCCUGGACGACUGCGAACCAUCGGACUCACCCGGGGACCGCGCGAUCACUUCCUCACUCCUCAUUGUGCUCCGUCAUCUGGGAACGAGUCCGGUCCGCUCGCCAGCCGGGAGCAGGAUUCCUGUUCUGGUUGGGAGGAGCAAGAGGAGAAGUUCAAGUGAGACGACGUCCCCUGUGGUGAACAAGAGCCUGAGCUUUGGGGAGAAUGGCGAUCACCGCCAUGGAGAAGAGGAGGAGGAUGAUGAUAUUCUGAUGGAGAUGAAGGAUGAGUUUGUGCCGCUCCAUAAGCAGAGCGCUUCUCGCAGGCUCCACCAAGUGAUCAGGCAUCUGCGUGGGCAGCUAGACCAGGCGGAGACCCGAGUCAGGACCCUUGAGGCCCAACUGGAACCCAAAACAUCCCAGGAUGACGGUACCCAGGAUUGGAUGCAUCUUGUGCGCGAGGAUGACGGUGCCUCCCUGCUGCCUGGCUUCGCCCGCUGCCUGCACAGUCGGGAUCGGCUCAUCCAGGAGCUCAUGAGUGUGACCAGAAGAGUGUGUGUGGAGAGCAGAGGUAAAAGCCAGCUAGCAGACGAGAUCGCCAGCAAAUUCAGCGAGAACCUGAGAGAUAUUGUCAAUGACAACAAGGUUUCCAUGGAGAGUUUUGUCCGUGAGUUGGUCGAGAAAGAACGGCAUCUUGGGGAAGAGGUGGCUUCCUUGAGAAAGGCUGCAGGAGACCGCGAGAAAGACCUGGACAUGCUCAACAUGGUGCUGCAGUGCAACCAGGACAUCAUAGAUGAUCUGCGUGUGGCCCUGGGCGAGAAACAGCGCCUCCUGCUGGAGAUGGAGAAGGAGAGAGAGGUGUGGAGGCAGAGGGAGAGGGCCCUGGCGGCCACCAUGCACGAUAAGGAAGAAGUGGUCCGACUCCUCAAGGUGGAGCUUGAGAGCUGUAUGAAAGAUGUUCAGGCUCUCUCUGAUUCCGUAAUUUGCCAAGGCUUAGAGGGGGGCGGGGCUGAGGCAUCCCUGGCUUCCCAGCUCCGGGACAAGGAGAGUCGCCUGGCAGCCAUGUUGGAGGAGCGAGAGACACAGAGCACCACCUUGUGCCAGGAGGUCACCAAACUCACUGCUGCCCUGCAAGAGUAUCAGAACGUCGUUCAGAGUCAGCAGGAGAGCUACGAUCGGACGACGUCAUCCCUGACGGCUCGGCUAACGGAUGCCAGGCAGGCGCUGCGUAAUGAAGAGCGACGCAGGAAGGAGGCAGAGAGAAUGCGAAACAAUCAGCGAGAAGACGGAGAGAGCACAGAGAGGAAGCUGAGAGACAGUCUGGAGAAGAGGGACCAAAUAAUACUGCAAAUUCUGCAGGACGCUGAGGAGCGUGACCGUCAGGUGGAAGUGCUUCAGCACAACUUGCAGAAGAAACAAGACGACCGCAUCUCGGCCGUACAACACACGCUGUGAGUGGCAUGGAAAUGAACCACCAGAUGAAGAUGUUGCACAUUUAGAUUGAUACUACUUGUCAUGGUGUGUAUUUCGUUCUAUUUAUCUCCAAAGGUUUGCACUUUGACCUGUCAGGUUCGGGUACAGCAUGUAGCUAUACGCCUCAGAACUAGUGAUUCAGCCAAUAAGAGAUGUUUGAUUUAGAAAAUUAGCACAUCACUGUAAUUUAAUUUUCACUUUCUAUGAAUGGUUGUGCGUCAAAUCAGCUUUUGUAAAAAAAAAAAAAUGAAGUUUUGCACCAAAAUUGCCUUUUUUACGAGUUAUUUUGGUCCUUUGAUUUUAUAAUUGGCAUGUUUCUGGGCACUUAUUUCAAUGUUCCUUUUUGUGUGUAAUUUCUGGGAAGUUAGCCUAUUUUUUUCCUCAAGAGAAUUAAACACUCUGAUCCUAA